CCUGAAUUGAGGUCCAACUUGGGGCCUAAUUCUUGAAGAUAUUGUAAAGGCAGAAUUUACUUCAAGCAACCUUUUGCCAUGCCUUCAAAACAGCAACAGUCUUCUCCUGUAGGGUCGACCCACCUCUUUACGCCCACACAUACCCACCCCCAGCUUCUGCGACUAAACUAGCCACACCCAGGAGCACGCAUAUGUGUAUUGUGGCACAUGCGCAGCCUGAUGUAACAAUUUUAGCUCGGGAAACAGGGAGACGCCCCACAGUAGGCUCUAUCUGCGAAGCUCUAGUGAUGGAGAGCAAGUUCUUCUACUUUGACCUCGACUAUUAUGGGGUGGGCUUCUAUGAGGAAGAAAUAAUGACUGCAUCUCAGCAGAGGGCAGCUGCAGCAGCAGCCCGUAGACACUUUGGAAGAGGCAUACCAGUCCUGCAUGAGCUGGGUGGGUCUGAAUAUGACCACUCCUAUAACCGUGCAAUGAAGAAAAAGAGAGCCAGCCCCAAUGAGCUUGAACACAGAAAGCCGAGGGAGCCUGGGAAAGCAGCUGGAGCAGUUUCUCAUCACUCCAAUAAGAGGCAUACAAAACACUACAAGUUCACCCAUGGGCAACUUCGUGAACUGGACAGGGUUUUCCGAGAAACCCAGUACCCUGAUGCAUUCCAACGAAAAGCACUUGCAGAGCUCAUUCAUGUGGAUGAACGCAAGGUUAAGGAUUGGUUUAAAAAUAAGAGGGCUAAAUACAGGAAAAUACAGACGGAAUUACUACUCAGCCGUGACACAUCUGGCACCCUGGACAACUUCUCCCUCAAGAUGGAUGAACAUCCUGAGAGUGCUUCUGUUCCCAAGGAACCAAAAGGGCUCAUCUUGUUCUAG